GAGCUGGUGUUCCCGGCAUUGGCGUUCCUGGCGUUGGCGUUCCCGGUGUUGGGGUUGGUGCUGUCCCAGGCGUCGUGCCCGGAGUUGGUGUCCCCGGAUUGGUGCCUGGUGUUGGAGUCCCCGGGGUGGCAGGGGUGCCGUCGGCAGCAGCAGCAGCAAAGGCAGCUAAGAUCGGAGCUGGCGUUCCCGGCGUUGGCGUUCCCGGCGUUGGCGUUCCUGGUGUUGGGGUCGGUGCUGUCCCAGGCGUCGUGCCCGGAGUUGGUGUCCCCGGAUUGGUGCCUGGAAUCGGAGCUGUCCCCGGGGUGGCAGGGGUGCCGUCGGCAGCAGCAGCAGCAAAGGCAGCUAAGUUCGGAGCUGGUGUUCCCGGCGUUGGUGUUCCUGGUGUUGGUGUUCCCGGUGUUGGCGUUGGUGGCGUCCCAGGCCUUGUGCCCGGAGUUGGUGUCCCCGGAUUGGUGCCUGGAGUCGGAGCUGUCCCCGGGGUGGCAG